GGCAAGCGGCGGAUCCCGAGCGUUGGGAGAAAGCUGCGCUUCGAGACUCGAUGCGUCAGCAUUUGCGGGACACAGCGCUGCUCGCGGAGCACAUGGUCGGCUCUCGGGGGAAAUGCCUGCACCCCAGGGGGUCGGCCGCUGCUCCGUGCAGUUAAACUGUGAGCUACUCCGGGGCGUCACUGCGAGAGUGGGCAAUCUCCUGCAAGCAGGGCGACAUCUGGACAGUUGAAUGGCAUUAAUGACAAGAAACGCCCCCAACUUGAUGUUUUGACUCUGCUAUCUGGACUCGCAAGGCUUGGACCGACCCUAAAGCCUGUGGCCCUGAAGACGUGGGCUUUCGGAUAGCCCAUGUGCAGGCGCUGCACCCCAACACCUAUCCAGGAAAACUAAGGGCUUCUGGCGUGGUUGUUGCCAAUCUGACCGUUCUCUACAAGGCGGGGCUGGGAAAGAAGCCGAGGGAGCUUGGAGAAGCGUCCUGAGUUGCCAUGGAAACAAAGCCCGGCGGCAGAGGUCGCCCUGGCCUAAAGGAGUCCGUUGAAAUUUGCCCUCAGGGAUUACUGGUGUUCACGGGAUCUUCAGAACAGGACUCCAACUUGGCCAAGCAGUUCUGGGUGGCCGCGUCGAUGUAUCCCACCAACGAAUCUCAGUUGGUGCUGUCCAGAGGUAGCAGUCAGCGUCUGCCAGUGGCCAGGGCCUCCAGGGGCGGUGCAACUGAGAGUCCAGACAUCACUGCUGACACCCUAAAGACUCAGCAAUCUGAGGAGAAAGAAAAGUAUCUCCAAAAGGCUAAAAGGAGAGAUGAGAUUCUCCAACUCUUAAGAAAACAAAGAGAAGAAAGGAUCUCGAAAGAGCUGGUUUCCCUUCCUUACAAGCCAAAGGCCAAAGGACACAAAGCAAAGAAAGUGAUACCAGAGUCAGACAAGGAAGACCAACAGGAGGUCAAAGCCUUGGACUAACUUGAUGGACAAAUGGGAGAGGAUGGCUCACAUAGAUCUUUACUUUUGAAACAACGUUCUCUUAAGUCAGGAUCAUUCGGAUCACCUUGUUAAGAUAGACAAAGAAAUAAAAGUUAAAUACGCAGGCUUCUA